AUGGCCAAAACCAGAAGGCUAUUGACGGCUAUCUCUUUCUUUGAAUCAAACGAAGAUGAAGGCAUUGCAAGUUGUGUUCCUUCCAAGCAGACCCCGGAAUCCGCUACUAAGCGGGACUUCCCGCGGGGCAAAAAAACAGACGGCGAUAUCGGGUUGACUCAGCGGGCGAUUCCAAAGUUUUGA